AUGGUCCAGACCAACAGGCAGCAAAUGAACCCGCUGGUUCUGAAUAAGGCAUUUAACCGCACUGCCAACCAAACACCACAGCCGAUGUCGGGAAACGUACCCUUUACCGGACCUAACGGCGCCCAAAAACCCAUGUCGCAUAUGGCCCAGCAAGCUCAGCAGCAGCAACAACAACAGCAAGCUCAGCAGCAGCAGCAGCAGCAGCAGGCUCAGCAGCAGCCAGCUUCAACAACAACAUGCCCAACAGCAAGCCCAGCUGAUUCAGCAAUUGCGAGACCAUUUACCGCCUGGCACACUGAAAGCGUUCAUGCGGUUGAAUCCCGGAGCGUUGCCGCAGCCCAUCUGUUCAAGAAUGUUUUGGAGACCAAAAACAAGGCGAGACAAGGGCUACCGCCCGGAGGUCCGCCGUCCGUUGGCACGCAGCCCGGACCUGCGCGGCCAGUCCCUGCGGUGCCGUUUAACCAGUCGCCGCCGUUGCCUACUGGAGUUACGGCAUUGCAGGAUCCAGCACCGGCGGCUUCCCAGCCUGCCCCGGUAGCACAGCCGAUAGUACUUCAGCCAACUCUCUGCAAAUCCUCAAAAUGCCGGCCGUAUGCCGCGCAAAAUCGACCUGCCGCUGUCAACGCCUCGCCGUUGCAGAACCAGAAGAGCAUGAAGCGCCCUGAUUCGGAUGACGCCGUAGAUACCCCCAACCAGGCAAAUAACGCUUUACAGCAGCCUUCCCAGCCCUUUCCGCCCCCUCACUCAGAAGCCCGCGCCACGAUCCAAGGCAUGCGACUGACUCCAGAGCAAAUUGCAAAGAUGACUCCAGAACAAAGGGCAAAAUACGAGGCACUGCUGCAGGCUCGUCAACAACUACAAUAG